UUGAAAGUCAAAAGAAGUACCGGAACCCGGACGUAUGUUACUGACGUACAUGCGACUAUAGUUAUUGAAACUUUCGACACAAUUAAAUUAGUUUAGUAAGUUACUGUCAGCCACUUCGACGGUUCCUUUCUUUAAUAUGCUAUUGACAUGUUUAAGUAGAAAUUACACCCAAAUUAGGGUGCUUAGUUUGCUAUGUUGAAGUGUAAAGGGUGAAGACAACGCGGAAGUCUAAAGUCUUUGCAGAUAUUCCUGGAUCACUCCAUGGUCGCCAUGACUGUUCGAUCCCUGUCAAUCAAAACAUUGUUCCUCCUAUGGCUCUCACACACCAGCAGACGUUUGGUGUCGUCUGCAGAGCUGCAAGAGCAACCUAAAACAAUUGCUGUGAUCGGAGCAGGCAUCGGCGGCGCGGCCUCAGCCUUCUACCUGAGGCAAGAGUUUGGACCGGGAGUCAAGAUCGAUGUGUUCGAACCUGCCGAAGUCGGCGGGCGACUGGCGACGGUGAAGAUCGGGAAUCAGGAGUACGAGACGGGAGGAGCUGUAAUCCAUCCUCUCAAUCUCCACAUGAAGCAGUUCAUUGACACCUUAGGUCUCCCCACGUGUCAGGACGUCCCAUCAAAAAUGGCGAUCUUCGACGGCAGCGAGCUCACGUUCGAAGAGAGCGACUGGUUCAUCGUGAAUUUCUUGCGCAUGCUGUGGCAUUAUGGCCUCAACUACCUGCGCAUGCAGAUGUGGGUGGAGAGUGUUUUGGAUAAAUUCAUGAGGAUCUACCAGUACCAGCAGCACGGUUACUCCUUCGCCAGCGUGGAGAGGCUCCUGCACGCCAUGGGUGGAGAUGACUUCCUCACCCUGGUCAAUCAGACCCUGGAGGAAGCCUUGAUGGCCCAAGGCUUUUCUCAGAUCUUCAUCAAUGACAUCGUGGCUCCCAUUACGCGGGUCACCUACGGCCAAAGUGUCCGAAUUAACAGUUUUGUGGGGGCUGUGUCACUGGCCGGGACCGAUUCGGGCGUUUGGUCCGUGGAUGGAGGCAACAAGAAGGUUUGCUCCGGACUUCUUUACCACAGCAAGAGCGAAGUCAUCCGAGCCAGAGUGAUGUCCGUUUCAUUUAAAGCUCGCCCAUCAAAGACAGGCCCGUCCACCAGCUUCUAUGAGGUCAAUUACGUCGACGACACCGGCGCAGGGCACUCGCUCUAUGAUAUCGUCGUCAUAGCGACGCCACUUCACCAGGGCAAGUCUGACAUCUCCUUCUCAGGCUUCUCCCCGCCCGUCCCGUCCCAGUUCCCGGGGAGCUACCACCAGGUGUUCGCCACGCUGAUCCACGGCGUGCUCAACACUUCUUACCUCGGGGUAACGCGCCCCGCCUCGGAGUUCUCCGUGUCCGACGUGCUCACCACGGACUCCGACAGCAGCAACGUGUACUCUCUGUCGUCCGCGGCCCCCGUGCACGUCCCCACGGGAUACAGCCGACCCCCCGCCAGCCACAGCCAAGUGUGGAAAGUCUUAUCUCCUCGGGCGCUGAGCCAGGAGGAGCUGCGGCGUAUGUUCCUCUCCUGGGACUCCGUGUCAGAGACCCGCUGGUUGGCCUUCCCGGCUUACCGCACCCCGACACGUCGCACGCCGCCCUUCAUCCUUCACAGCCGGCUGUACUACCUCAACGCUGUGGAAUGGGCAGCCAGCGCCAUGGAAAUGAGCGCCAUCUCUGCCAGGAACGUGGCCCUUUUGGCGCACCACCGCUGGCACGGUCAGACGGACAGGAUCGACCAGGAAGACCUGCACAUGCGUCUACGCGGGGAGCUGUGAUGCACCCUGACAGGUAUUUGGCCCGCCUCCAUCAGGGUUUAUUCAUCAAACUGUGUACUUGGAAACUAGCCAACAGUUACUACCUGUCUUUGAUGUCUUACUAAGAAUCGGCACACCUUUUUACUACUUUACCAAGUGCCUCCAAGGAAGCAUUCAUCCGGAUUACACAACAAAUCAUGCUUUCACUUUUGUCAGGAUUGAUUGCACUAGUAAGCACGAGGGGGAAAGAAUAUCUGACCUCCUGUCACCUGUUUCUUCUGCACUUAUACCUGGCGUGUGAUUUUUCCUUCUAUAGUCGGAAAUCCGUCUUUUUUAUCUCUGUAAAAAUAUAAAAAAUAUAUAUUCCGUUUUUCUUCCUUUUUUCCGACCUACAACGUGUGUUAAAAUCUUGAUCCAGCUCUUUGCCAUACCUGCCAACAACUACGGUUUUCACGUAAUGAGUACGCUUUUUGAUAAUCCAGUGGUAAAUGUCAGGUUCAAACACUGAUGACAUCUAUUAAACAAGACGAGAGGCAAAGAAUUAAACAAAGACAGAAUUCAAUUUGGACUCAAUAUUGAGGAAGAGUCGCCUGUACACUGUACCCUUGUACAGUAUCUCAGCACGCUCUGCCAAAAGAUUGCACGCCUCCUUCUUUUAUUUUGGACCCUGCCCGACCACACGGCCACCGCUGUUUCCAAAGGACAAAGGGUCGCAAAAAGUUCACAGAAAAGGUCGUAAACAAUUAACAGAAAAGGUCAGCUCAAAAAGAGUUCGUAAAAUAGUUCCAAAAGAGGUCCAUAAAAUAGUUCAAAAAGACGUUCGUAAACCAGUUCAAAAAGGAGGUUAAAAAAAAGGUCGUCUGGAAAUUGGGCAGAUCCUGUCUUCUCUCCGCUUUGAAGUCCUUGGGUUAGAACAAUAUCUUUCUGUUGAUUACCAUACAUGAAAGAACACAGGAACACCUUCAUCUUGCUUUCCCCCCCUACACAGUGGAGUUUUACGAGCCUUACUCUUAGUAGGUUUCAAAGACAGCUUUUGUCUUCUCACCAGACCCUCAAAGUUUUUGUGAUAAUUUAGAAACAAUUAUUCUAACAGUAAAAACUAAGAUUUUCCAUUAAAAGAUGAUUAACUUCAAAAUGGAAGCUACAUAGUGAAGCAACUCCACGGGCAGGGGACAACAUAUACGGGAAACAUCAAUGAUGAUUGGUUGGUUUACGUAUAAGAAAAUCCAUAUACCGGGCCUCCAGACACAUUUUUUUCUCUAAAUUUGGCCCCCCCGAGUCAAAAUAAGGCCUGGGCUAUACUGUACCAAAGUCAUCACGUCUGCCACAAUCAUGUUUGUUCUUAACUGUGUAUUCCACGUCUUCAACGUCGAGAGCAGUUUUGAUUUGGGCUUACAUGGUAAACAACUCAAAUGAAUGUUUUGGGUAUUGUUUU